AUGUUAUCAUCAUAUUUAAAACUUCAAUUUUCAUCAAAAUUAGUAACUUCUUGCUUAUCGAACACGACUAUUCGUACCACAACUGGUGUCUCAGCAACUCAACAGGACAAUCAAAAAAGUAAUCAGUUUCAAAGUAGUCAAGUGAAUACAGGCAUCAUUUUGCUCAAUAUGGGUGGUCCGGAAACAACAGAUGAAGUAUAUGAUUUUCUCAAUCGUCUCUUUUCUGAUAAAGAUCUUAUUCCUUUGCCAGCCCAAAAAACAUUGGGCCCUUUGAUUGCUCGUCGUCGAACGCCAAGUAUUCAAGAACAAUAUGCAAAAAUUGGUGGUGGUUCUCCAAUUAAAAUGUGGACAAAAAAACAAGGCGAAGGAAUGGUUAAAUUACUCGAUCAGAUAUCACCAUCAACAGCUCCUCAUAAAUAUUAUAUUGGUUUUCGUUAUGUCAAACCAUUAACUGAAAUGACACUUGAUGAAAUCGAAAAAGAUCGUCCUCAACGGAUUAUUGCUUUUACACAAUAUCCACAAUAUAGUUGUUCAACUACGGGUAGUAGUUUAAAUGCAAUUGCUCGAUAUUAUACAGCAAAAACGAAAAAAUCAAAAUUAGAAAAGGAUGAUCAAAUUCCCGAAACAAAUAAAUCUAUGAUAAAUAGUCAUACAUUGAAUGAUCUUCAAUGGAGUGUUAUUGAUCGUUGGCAAACACAUCCUGGCUUUAUUGAAGCAUUUGUUGAAAAUAUUCGUAAUGAAUUAGGCAAAUUUCCAGACAAUGUUCGUAAUGAUGUUGUUAUCUUAUUUUCUGCUCAUUCAUUACCAAUGAGUGUAAGUUAA